UAUGCAUUUAUGCACUUACUCCCAGGGUGCACGCCCACUCUUUCCUGCAGUGACUGUUCCUGUCUUGUCAAACUUUCAACAGCCAAAUCGCUGCUCUUUCACAUUUGCAGCACACCAUGCACUUUUAGGUGAGCGGGGCACCAGUUCUUACAGAACAUGGAUUCAGGGUGGUUUAUCGGACACGAGAGGAUUGCCCCGACAAAAUCUGGAGAGCAGAUGUCCAGCUCUUACAGAGGGGCCGCACGGCCCUGCCUGACUAUCAACUUGACUGAAAUGCUUCAAGCAGACAAACCCAAUGCAGUGAGAAAGCAAAUUCUAAUCCGCCCCCCAAGCCCCAGAGUCUCUCUGCUAAAGGACCACGAGUUCCGCCGCAGUCUCUCUUGUGAACCCACACCUAAACCUAUCAUCCGACCAAGGUCACUAUCUCUGCCUUCCACCACGGAGAGGAAGAAAAAAUGCAGAAAUGCUGGUGUACGGUUUGUUGACUCUUUGGGGCUCGACCUGGAAGACGUCAGGCUUUUCAAAUCUGGAGAGGAUCCAUUUGUACCACAUCAUGUUACCUUUAGAUUGUUGAUGGGUGCAGAGUUGGCAGAUGGAAGGCAUCUGGAGAUUUCCUUGCCAUACAUGAAGCCGUUUUUUUCCCAACAACCUGGCGACCAGCCAGGAUUCCUGCAUCGUCUCCGUGAGCAGAAAGUGUGUCUGGAGAGAGUCUUGUGUUUUGAACUGGGUGUCAUCGGAAUCACCCAGGUAAUCAAUUUGGACUUUGAGAAAGAUGUCACAGCCCGCUAUUCAUUUACAGAGUGGAGGAGCUGCACAGAAACUAAGGCCUCAUGGGUGUCCUCCAUCACCAAGAACUGGGAAGAAGGAGGGGGCCAACUCAGCUGUGAUACAUUUCGUUUCCACCUGCCUGUUCCUCCAUUCUUGCAACCAGGAGCAGUGUUAGAGUUUGCUAUUCAAUACAAAGUCUGUGGGGCUGACUACUGGGACAACAAUAAUGGCGAAAAUUAUAAGUUAGUUUGCACCAACUACAAGCUCACUGUGCCCAAAGAAUGUGAGGAUAGCAUGGUGCACUUCAUUUAGGAGGCUGGAUAAAGGUAGAAGAAACCUAUUAGAAGCACUUUAUAAUGUUGUCAGCAGGACCUAUUAAAAAUGUAUAACUGCAUUGUCACAUAAUGUCCAUUGUGUUAGACUAUUGCCAACAGAGGAUUUCUUUGAAUCUAGUUAGAUUGAAGAUGAACUGUUAAAAGACUUAGGCCGAGUGAAAUUAAAAAACACUAGUGCACUUACACCCGAAGCGAACUUUAGUGUUGUUUUACAGUGUUUUGCACUGUUUUACUUUUGUGAUUUCUUCGAUUAUUUGAUUUUCCUGGCUAUUUAAAUAAAAAUUGCACUUUAAUGUAGGAACAUCCCAAGGAGAUUACACUCACUAAGUGUUGCACAAAUGUUCAGUGAAACUGAAAUGAAUGCACUUGACUUCACUGUUUUCUUCCAGUUAGGUGUUUGACAUAGAAUAUAGUUUUCUACAAUGCAGGAAUUUGGCCUGCUGAACCUUUUGCUUGGUAAUCAGAGUUUAUUUUUUGGGUCAAACAUUGUCAAAACAAAUUUCCAAACCCAAUUAAUAGAUACAAUUUUGUCUUUUAAUGAAUGAGAAAUGAAUGCUUAUUUUGUUUAACAAUAAAGCACCA